AUGGCACACAAAACACCGCUGGACGAAAACACGGAUCCGCUCAACCAGAAGAUAGUAAUUUCGGCGCCUCUCUGCAAGUUGACCCGCUCACGUGUCGUUUCCGUACGCAACAUCCUGUCAUCUAAACUCCAGCACGUCUUUGGUGUUCAGCAGCGCCUUCCGGGCGAGAUCAUCGACAGGAUAAUAGCGCAUCUACCCCAUGCAUACCCCGAUGCUGCACAUCACGGCGAGAUUGUCUUCGAGUCGAAAGACUGGCUCCAGAAGCUUUGCACCUCAAGCCCCCAUUUCGUGCACGCUUGCCAAAGGAAGCUCUUCUUUCUGGUGGAUCUAUGCGCGAAACUGGACACCGGAAGAGAACGUCUUCACCGAUUCUACAGACUACUGAAAAUGUCCCCACACCUAGCACGCUAUGUGAAGCACCUCAUUCUGCCGGUCGAUCUUUUGGAAGAUCCUCGGAUGGUCAAGAUCCUCAAGUGCUUGGUCAAUCUGCGCUCAGCCUCUAUCUACAACUACGCUGAGGCGAUCUUGUCGAUGGAAGAUUCCUUUGGCACCCUAACUUUUGUCAAUCGUCUGCGUCGCCUGGAGCUUCGCGUUCAUACCUUUGCGGACUUUGUUGAAUUCGACACUAUCAUCGGCUCGUUUCCUGUCCUCAGAGAGCUGCUUCUUGAGACUGUCGAUUUCGACCAACACACCGGGUAUCGAUUAGCGACGAAACGCGGGGCUCUGGUUACUCUCAAGACCCUCGAAUUGUACGCUAUUCCCGAGGAUACGGUGGAUGCCAUGCUGCAGGCGUUGCACAAGGUGGACAUGACCUGCCUGCACGCCCUGUCAGUGGAUCGCCAGCACGAAGACCUAUUCCGCCGAAAUGUCGGGACCCUGCGAGAGUUGACACUUCAUGUUGCCUUGGAACUCUCAUGCCCCGAAUUCUAUUCUAGCAAUCUAUCCAUCCUAUUGCACCCAUCUCACAAGCUACGACGCAUCAAUCUGUUCUUGCGACGUCCCGAAGCCCUGUGGUACAUCCUCCCGUUUCUUGGCCCUGGCAUCCGACUUGUCCGGCAGCUCUCUAUCGCACAGUGGGAUAUCCCUCAGCUACCCGAGAUCUGGGCUCAGUUGGACAGAGAACUGGCUGCCGUUGCCGGCGGACUUUCCAUUCUGCGUGUCUAUCUUGAAUCUGCGGUCGGAGCCGCACGGAGCAUCCAGGAGGUGGAUCUUCGAGCCGCUAUGCCGAAGAUGCAGCAUCUUCUGCGGGUCGAAGAGCGCGUUUCCUGGUCAGUUCGGACGUGA